AUGAUUCUGUCAUCUCGAAAAGGACGGCGUCAAGCUGUCGAUCAUCGACUUUAUUAUCAAGACGGCCGCGAUUGUUUGCAAGACGGCCCCGGAGCCGAACUCCGCCAGAAUGGACACCAUCCCCAAUUUGACGCCGUGCACGUGACACCGAUCGUGUUCGGCGCGGACCACGAGGGACUGUCCAAUAUCUCCAAGGAAAUCGCUGGCGGCGAAGGCUCACGACGGCAAGCUAAAUCUGCAGGAGUUCCAGGGCGGCACCUUGAGCGUGGCCAUGUUCGGCGUGACGCACUCUUCUACCGUCAUCAACCCGCCCUAGAGCUGUACUCAUCGGUGUUUGUCCUUUUCCUGGCUUCGGUGCCGAGACCUUGGACGAUUUCACAAAAAAUAAGACCGCGACCGGAAGAAGUGAAGAUAAAGAUGGUCCGCUUUGUGAAGACAGCGGCUCUUUAACCAACCCCCUUUUUAAAAUGUAUUUUUAUAAUAAAUAAACUAUAAUCAUCACGCCGAGACAGUCAAAAUUUGUUUUAUUUUGUAAACACUUUUUUCUAU